CUCCGUCAAAAACCACCAUCACCACCACUACCACCUCCGCAUUCCGCCGUCAUGGACGAUUAUGGUUCCGACGAUAAACAGUUGGCUAUUUCCCGAGUCUUUUCUGAACGAUUGCGAGGUUUAGAAACGAGUUAUGUGAGACUCAGGGAAAAAUUUAACUUGCUCUUGGAAGAAAAAUGUAGUAAGGAAUCAGGUGCCGAUAAUACAACUUCGUACUGCGGUCCCGGAGUGUUCUACUCCGGGACUCCGUACAGAAAUGUGUUGGAGGACAUGGGUCAUGCACUUUACGUUACUAAAGUUGGUACUGGGGAAAUAAUUUACUGGAAUCAAGCUGCUGAGCAACUUUAUGGUUAUAAAAACUAUGAAGUAGUUGAACACAGGUGUACUGAACUGCUUAUUUGUGAAGAAUAUCAUGAAUUGGCUAGGAAUGCCGUGAAAAAAUUGAGCUGCGGACAAUCAUGGUCGGGUCAGUUUCCUUUUAAGAAGAGGACUGGUCAGAUCUUUAUGGCAAUUGUGACAAAGAGCCUAUGGUACGAAGACGGUGAGAUUUUUGGUGUUAUCACUGUCUCAAGUGAUGCAGCUUUUUUAAAUAAGAUAAACUCAGAAAAAACAAGAAGCUCUCAGGCUAAUGGACAACCUGGAAAGCGGGGAACAAAUUUCAGAAGUAUUCAAUGGCAUCCACAGCAACAAACUGCAUUGUCUGUUUCCAAUCUGGCCUCAAAAGUGUUCCCACUUAAACGUGGAGAGGAUGCACGCAAUGCAUCUGCAAAUGUGAGAGACAGGGAGGAGGCUGAACUAGAAAAAUUAGGAGGGCAAUCACAAAAGCCACCAAGAGCACCCGCUGCACGGCUGAAUUUCAGUUUGCUAGGUAGGAAAAUCAGAGCUAAUUCAAAAAGCUCAGAGACGGAUGAGUCUGCAUUUGAUAUUGCUCAGCCUUCUAAACUAGUGGCAAAGGUUAUGUCAAAGCUUCACAUUACAGGAUUUGGAAACACUGGGGAAGAAAUGUGUGGAAAUAUUCAAGCGAAUGGACGCGAUAAAACUUCUAUUAGUGAGGAUGUCACAGAACCUUAUUUGCCAUCAGCUUCAGAGGGAAAAUAUAGUCAUGUUCUUGAUGCCUAUAAUGAUUUCCAGAAUAUACUGAAGGCGUCUUGUUUUACUCGACGAAAAACGCCUGAAAAUGGACAAAUAUCACCCACUGAUGUCGUAGAGGGUCCGAUAGCUACCUGCUCCAGAAAGUUUGAUGAAUGUUCUAAGGAAUUCAGAUCUCCUGAACAGUUGCCAAGAUCAUCUUUCCAAAGUAAUGAUAAAUAUCUCAAGUCAGAGAUGGGAAAUUCAAAACUUUCAGGGAUGGAAGAUUCAUCUCGACAGCAGUUAGAAAACCAACAGUCACGGAAGUCAAGGGAGAGCACUAGAAGCAGUCAGGGAAAUUCACAGAAAAAUGAGAAUGAGCUAAGCUUGAUAGCACAUUGUGAAAUAUCUUGGGAAGACAUCAGCCUAAGGGAAGAAAUUGGACGAGGUGCAUAUGCCGUUGUGUAUCAUGGAAUCUGGAAAGGAUCGGAUGUUGCUGUAAAGGUUUAUUUUGGGAACCAAUGUGGUGAGACAACUUUGCUUGACUACAAAAAGGAGAUUGACAUAAUGAAAAGGCUUAGACAUCCAAGCGUGCUAUUAUUUAUGGGAGCAGUAUGUUCACAAGAAAAGCUUGCCAUUGUCACAGAGUAUUUACCCAGGGGAAGUCUUUUUAAAGCACUUCACAGGAAUAAUCAGCCGCUAGACCUCAAAAGGCGUCUUAGAAUGGCUCUUGACGUGGCUAGGGGUAUGAAUUACUUGCACCGACGAAACCCUCCAAUAGUACAUAGAGACCUGAAAUCUUCAAACCUGCUUGUGGAUAAAAGCUGGACUGUCAAGGUUGGAGAUUUUGGCCUUUCAAAACUUAAACAUACUACCUUUUUAACAGCAAAUUCUGGACGAGGGACGCCGCAGUGGAUGGCUCCUGAAGUACUUAGAAAUGAACCUUCAACAGAGAAAUCUGAUGUCUUUAGUUUCGGUGUGAUCUUAUGGGAGCUAAUGACUGAAUCUAUUCCCUGGAAAGACCUUAAUCCCUUACAGGUUGUUGGAGUUGUUGGUUUCAUGGAUAGCAGACUGGACAUUCCAGAAAACCUUGAUUCCCGAAUUGCAGCUAUUAUCCUUGAUUGUUGGCAAGGCAAACCAGAACUUCGUCCAUCAUUUGAAGACCUGAGCCGAAGAAUGACAGAAAUAAUUCUCUCAUUUGGGGGAUUGACAUCUAGGAAGAACUCAGGGCUUUGAUAUCAAACACGGUUUGACAGGCAACUCAAGAUGAACAACCUAUGUAAAUAACCAAGCGAAUAAAGUGAAUCGACAAUGAAAAGUGUUUUUCAUUGGAUUCAUAUAGCCGACCCCAACUUUUUUCGGAUUAAGGUGUAGUAGUAGUUGUUGUUGUUGUUACUGUUUUCCAUUUUGCUUUAAAUUGAAGGAGUGUAUUAAGAGCAUAAUGUAGGAUCCCUGUACAGGAAGAUGCUUCAUUA